AUAAGUAGAAGAUGAACAUACAUGUCGAUUUGAAGACUCUUCGAAUUAAUUGAUUACAGUAUGUAGAGUCCACACCAGCAUUCCAAAACGGCUAAUAAAUUCAUCAGCAAAGAAAAUGGUAAAAUGCCGAAUGCCUCCUCAUCUACUCAUGCUACAUAAAUCAACAAAGUAUGUCACAUUGUCACUAGUCACUACACAAAUCAAGAUCACAAAUGUAAUUGAAAAACUUGCAAGCUGGGCGGGCCGAAAGCUAAUCGAGUGGAGUUUAAGUUCACGUUCGGUCCGGUUGCUGUUGAUCCGCCCGCCUAUUCUUCUUCAACAACUUGGGCCGGGGCUUGACGGGCUUCAGAAACUGGGCCUGCAACCUCACCGCCUCCCUCAACAACCCAAUCAGCCUCCCUUCAAUCUCCGCCCCUCCUCCUCCUUCCUCCUCCUCCGCCGCUCCCACCCACCGCGCCACCGCCUCCAGCGUACUCACGCAGCCACCGCACGGCUCCUUCCUCAGCACCAGCUCCGAUUCGUAUAUGCUCCCUCCUUCCACCGCGCUAUCGAACCCGUCCAAGCACGCCCUCCUCGCGAAUUUACUCAAAUACCCCUCGCUCGCCGCCACCAUCUCCUUCGCGUGCUUCCACGUCGCGUCGAACGCGAUCACGACGCUCGCUUCCCCCUUGCUCGAGAUCUCCGCCAGCGAUUGCCUGAGGUCCGAAAGAGAGACUGCCUCUGGCGAUGAGGGAGUGGGCGGGAAGAGGUAGAAUACGUUGCGAGGGAGCUCGCCGCUACUCCCGUCGGGGAGGAGACGGCGGAGGAGGCCCGGGGUGAGCCUGCGCGCCACCGCCGAGGCCGCGUUGGAGAGUGAUUUGGUGAUUAGCGGCGUCGUGCUGAGCUUGUGGCGGGACUCGUGAGGGUGCUGCAGGAUUACGAUUCGCGUUGCGGUUGGGAUCGGCGGGUUGGGGAUGACGUGGCAGAGGCACACCGGUUUCGGCCGGUCGCAUCCCUCGCAGAUCGAGCGCCGCCGUUGCUGUGGCGGAGGGAGAUCUGUAUAUGAAUCGGGCUCCUCCGCCGCCACCGGUUCUUCCAUUAGCGCGACUCUUUCCUCCCUGUGAAGCCGUGCUCAGGGAAACGAAACGGUGUCAAAAGUACCUGCCGAGACCCCAAACGCAGUGUCGUUUCGGUAGACAGCACAGCUAAACAGCGUCGUAUUUGCAGAAUGGGGGAAAUCAAAGAAUCAAGCAUCGUCCUUUUGUAUAUGUAAAUGUCGAGCGCGGGAGGGAAAAGCGAGUCGAGUGUCCGAUAGAGGAAGAAAGCGUGAACAAGUCGACAAUGGCGACUGAAAGCUCGGAAUCGACGAGUAGCAGCGCAACCGUUUCGGAAUUUAUCUACACUCCAUUUUACUGCAAUCGUUUUGUUGUUAGGGUUUGAUUACCUCUCUAGGAUUGGAGUUAUUCCAGUCUAGGAGAUCAUUAGAUGACGGUAUGCUGAAG